AUGCUGCUGAACAAUAAUGUGACUGAGUUCAUUCUGCUUGGGUUGACCCAGGAUCCUGUUAGGAAGAAAAUUGUGUUUGCCAUUUUCUUGAUUUUCUAUUUGGGGACAUUGUUGGGUAACUUGCUAAUUAUUGCUACCAUCAAGACCAGCCGGGCACUUGAGAGUCCAAUGUACUACUUCCUUUUCUACUUGUCCUUUUCUGAUACCUGCUUCUCUACUUCCAUAGCCCCUAGAAUGAUUGUGGAUGCUCUUUUGAAGAAGACCACGAUCUCUUUCAGUGAAUGCAUGAUUCAAGUCUUUACUUUCCACUUUUUUAGCUGCCUGGAGAUCUUCAUCCUUAUCCUCAUGGCUGUUGACCGCUAUGUGGCCAUCUGUAAGCCCCUGCACUACAUGACCAUCAUGAGCCAUCGAGUCUGUGGUGGGCUGAUGGCUCUGGCCUGGGUGGGGGCCUGUGUGCAUUCUUCAGCUCAGAUUUUUCUGGCCUUAAGUCUACCUUUCUGUGGUCCCAAUGUGAUUGAUCAUUAUUUUUGUGACCUGCAGCCUUUGUUAAAACUUGCCUGUACAAACACCUAUGUGACCAACCUACUCCUGGUGUCCAACAGUGGGGCCAUAUGCACAGUGAGCUUUGUUGUGCUAAUGUUCUCCUAUGUUGUUAUCCUGCAUUCUCUGAGAAACCACAGUGUUGAAGGGAGGAAAAAAGCCCUCUCCACCUGCAUCUCCCACAUCAUCGUGGUCAUCCUGUUCUUUGGUCCUUGUAUAUUUAUAUACACACGCCCUGCAACCACCUUCCCCAUGGAUAAGAUGAUAGCUGUGUUUUAUACAAUUGGAACACCAUUGUUCAACCCUCUUAUUUAUACACUGAGGAAUGCAGAAGUGAAAAAUGCCAUGAGGAUGUUAUGGAGGAAGAAGUUGAUUUCAGAUGACAAAAAAUGAACAGAAUUUUCCAAUUCUUCUUCGUAGUCUGGAUUGACCUAGGAAAACCUUUUAUCUUUUUACUGUGAAAGGAAUAUAAUUCUAUUUUAAGGUAGGACUUCUUAUGCCUUCAGGAUUGUAAGUAAUGUGCACAUGUGUACUGGUUAGCACUCAGUCAAUUCUAUGACAACCCUGGGUAUAAAGAGGGUGUGUCUCUUUUGCCUGCCUCGUGUCAGUCCAGUUUCAUCUAGUGUGUCCCCUGCCCUUCUUCAUGUUGCCUUCUGCUGGGUUUUGCUCCUAGAUACCCUUACUCUGUAUGCUUAUACAUACAACCUAGUAACUUGUAUGUCUUUCCAACAUUUUUAUUUAUUAAACACUUCUGUUUCAUUCUAUCUGUUCAUGGACCUGUAACUUAACUUUUCUUCCUGUUUAGUUCCAGAUUCAAAUAACUGUACAAACUUCAUGUAAUAAGGGACAAUGUAUAAUCUAGUAAUUUCCCUUCUAAUCCUGGGUUGUUUAUUCCAAAUUCUUACCACAUGUUUACGCAGCUCCUUUCUUCUCAGAUGGAAACUCACCCUUCUGUGGUCGUUCUUUGAUCAUAGGAAGGUUUUCGCUGUUAGGUUUCUACUCAAUAUAGUAUCUUUAAUAAAAUCUACUUUGUGCUUCUAAUUUGAUUUCUUCGAAUUUGGGGGGCAGUAUUAAGGUUUCUCUUGAAUCAUACCAAUUAGGAUAUUUUAAAAAUAACACUGGGUUAUUAAGGGUAUAACAUAGCUGUUCCAUAUGAAAUGAGAUGUGUUUACGUGGGCUGGAAGUAGAGUGUAAGCAGUUGAUUUUGUUCAAUUUCAAACUGUUAAUAGGUUUCGGCAAUGAAUGAGGUGAUCCACUGAUUAUUUAGGCCUGAGAUAAUUAUUUAUAUCAUAGAUAUGAAGUAUGAAUUUCCUUUCUUGAAAAGAAAAAACCGUGGAAACAGUAAAAAAAAAAAGUGGUGGCCAGUGAUUCAGAAGGAGUAGUAAUUAUAUGAGUAGAUAGAGCACAGAGCAAUUUUAUGAAAGGAAAACAAUUCUGUUUAAUUUUCUAAUGGUGGAUAAAUGACAUAAUGCAUUAUGUCUAAACUCAUAAAACUAUACAACACAAUACUAAACUCUGAUGAAAACUAUGCUGUUUAUUUAAAAAUUAUCAGUACUGGUCAUUUAUUGUAACAAACAAACCACAUUAAGGCAAGAUAUCUGAAACUGAGAAAUUGUGAGGGGGACAGAGU